AUGAUGUCGUAUCAUCAAGAGCACCAUGACCAUCAUCAUCAAUACAGCAACAAUGAUCCUUCUCUUUUGGGGGCAUCACGGCAUUUGCUACCACCACCACCACCACCACCACCUACGAUUACCAACCCUAAUGAUCCCCAGCUUUAUCGAUACAGCCCUGCCAUGACGACACCUUCACCUACCGCUUCAUCUUUUUCCCCUAUGCGUACCAACAUGUUGCCAACCAUCAAAAGCGCUUUCACUGAUGAACCCACCACCCCAUUGUAUGGCACGUCACCUCUAAAAGCAGAGAGUGGCGAUGAGUUGAAGAUGAUGAUGCCACAUCAUCAUUUAAUAGCACGAAGCAGUAUCAGCAGCAGUAGUGGAUGCAGUGUGGCAUCUUCAUCACCCACGACGACGACGACGACGACAUCAUCAAUAUUGACAACAUCAAGGAGUAGCAGCAGUAGUGAUAACAGCCAUGAAAAAUUGAUCACACUUGCCAAAAGGAGAGCAAGGGAAUACGACAUUCACCAACAAGAACAAUCACGCAUGCGUAUAUGGAUUCAACGUGAUAAUGAUCAUCCUACUACUUCUACUGCAUUACCACCACCACCGAUACCACCACCUUCUUCCCAUUCGAUGAAACAUCAUGAUAAAAGUCUUGCGUUGAAUGAUUGUGGGACAUUGAUGACGACGACGACGAGUACAACCUCUGGUACUGGUACUGGUAAUACUGGAAACGCCAGCCACCCAUGUCCUCAAUGCACACAUCGAUUUAGACGGCGACGCGAUUUGAUGCGACAUUUGCAUUCGGUGCAUUCACGACGUAAGCAAUACAAUUGUCCUCUUUGUUGCAGCACUUUUACUAGACGUGAUUCAUUGAAAAGACAUGCUCGGCUUGCAUGUCGUGCUACGCUUGCUCCUUCUUCUUCUUCUUCGCGUCCACAAUCACCCGCAUCACAACCCUCAUCUCUCCCUUCACCACCAUCUACUUCACCUAUCCUUGAUAAUAAUACCGAUCAUCCUCAUCAUCAUCAUCAUCCACUGUCAUCCUCCUCGUCCUCCUCUUCUACUUUCCCAGCAGCUCAUGGUAGCAUCUUUUAA